UUGCUGAGUUCGCUGGGGGAGCUAGGGAGGCUUUGAGAUCAGGAAAUUUAAGAGUCGGGAUGGUUGGUGGCGUACCACUUGUGUUGCUAUCAUGCCCAAGUUUAAUUACCAGCACUAGGCCACGAACCGCGCCCCUGCUCGUCUCCUUCCCCGAGCCGGACUGGAAGCAGAUCGAGAGACUUCCUGGACUGGCGCCAUGCCGCUCUCCCCCUCUCCUCCUCCUCCUCGUUCUCUCCGCCCCACCUCCCUCCUUCCUUCCCAGAUCUAAGUGAUUCUCCUCUCUCUUCUUCUCCUCCCCUGUUUCCUCUGCUUUCUUUUUCAUUCGAGCGCUUCCAAUGGAUUCUCAUGACACGCAUAUCCAGCUUCCUAACAAAGACCCUCUGGUCUUUGCGUAGGGUUUCAAUCCUGAUCCUGCGAUUGAGAUCAAUAUGCAAGGCCUAUCCAUCCAAGAUCCACAAGUUAUACAUAUCCAGGCUCACCAACAUCAUUCAGAUCCGGCCAAAGAAAAAGAUAGUGAUGCAGCUUACAAUAUCUUGAUGAAGCUGGCUGUUACUGGAGGACAGCCAAGAGCUCUCUCUCUGUCUCAGCGUAGUUCAGCAGUCUAUGGCCAGAGCAUGGAGGGAGAAUUAUCAGGGUAUAUCUCAACUUUCAAGGUACAUAUUUGUGGCACACUUUCAGUCCUUGCAAUCUGCUAUGUUCGUGUUCACUAGGCAGCCCUGGAGUAUGGGAUCUGAUAAUUUUUUGAUUGAGUUCAAGGAUCCUCAAGAUCACAGUAAGGAUAUUCAGGAUUAUAAGUUUGACACCGUUUUCAUUACUGUUCGUAUUUAUGGUGUCCCUGCUUGUUUCCGUUCUCAAGAACUGCUACUAAAGAUUCUGAACACUUUGGGCCAACUUUCAGAAUUUCAUCCUUUUGUUCAAGCCAUGCUUUCAGCAAAACCUGAUUACAUGUGGGGUACUAUUAAGAUGUCUGUCGCCAAUCCUGUUAGAGAUAAGAUAUAGAUAUCUUUUCCUGAGAAUUUUGCAUCCUGGGUCUAUUUGUUCUAUGAGAAGAUUGGUAGGAUUUGCACCUUCUGUGGUCAGCUGUUUCAUAGCGUGCAACACUGUGACACUAGGAAUAAUUUGCUGAUUUCUAGACAGAGGCUAAACAUUCAGUUACAACAGAUUCCUGCGGCUAGAUUUGGAUAGUGGAUGAAUAAGAUUGAGCUCAUCCCAGCUGCUAAUACUGAACAAUCUCCUAAGAGUUCAGAAUCUGUUUUCUCCACUUUUUCAAAUCCUCAACUCAUCAGGUUACAGAAACAGUCUCAGCAACAAAGGCAAGAUAGAGCCAAGACUAUCUUGCCUUCUAACACUAUUCCUCUUCAAGCUCAAAAAACCAAUUGAAAAAUGUUACAAUGCAAAUCCACAGGGGAGAUCACUCAGGUUCGCUUCCAGAAGGGAUCCAGGGGCAGAGCCAACACCUUGUUCAUCUUUCUCAUGCCCAUUGCACUACUGUUCCUGCUCCGAGCGGUGCUCCAUUGACUACAGUGGUGGAUGCUCCACCAAACACAGUUGUUACGGAUGCAGAGAUAAGGUGGUGCAUUUAUGUGGGAGACAAGCUGAUUGAAAGUACUGACCCUCCUCUGCAGACGACUGUCUCCAAGUCGGUACCGGUUCAGGCGGGCGAAAAAAACCAGACAGGCCCAUCAACUGAUCCUGUUUUGGAACCUCAGUUUUCAGCUGCAGGUGAAAUGGACAUUCCGAGACAAAUUCAUGGGCCACAGCUGGGCCAACAGCAGUACCAACCCACUCAAAUAUUGCAAGGACAGAAAGGUAUUUGUAUGCUUCAAUCCACGGCUGCCUCUCCGUCUUCAACCCUGCACACCUCUCGUCAGCCUGAACCAGCAAACCCCAAUUCUUCCCCAAAUCUGCUCAGUUUGCCUGCACACUCUGCUCCUCUCACUUCUCAGAACCCAGCUAUGCCUACUCUCACUGCCACUAUGGAGAACAUUUUUCCAAUACAGAGAGGCAUCACUACUCUUUACCCUAGACCUUUGUCCUCUCCAUCUUCCUCCUGGCGCAGACUCCCUUCUCCACCAAAGCUCUCUCCUAAACGACCUAUUGCAGCCAUUCUGAAUCCCCCAUUGCCGCCGUCGAAGCGACUGGAGUUGACUGGCCCUUCAGAUGCACCUCCUUCCGCUCAGGAAGGCCCGACGGUCGGCGGAAUUGUUGCGGGCGCAGUUCGAGCCCCCGUUUCGUCGUCGCUCGAUCCCCUAGCUGGACCGGGCCUGCUCGGAGCGCCUCCUUCUAGCCUCGCCCCUCUCGCUCAUGCCUCCGCCACUCGAUCUGGGUCCUCUCCCCCUCUCCGAUCUGGAGACCCAACAGGAAGCGCCCGCCUUGCCGCCGAUUCCCCCUCUCGUUCCUUGCCAGAACCUCAUAUUACUAGAAAUCCAUCGGUCGACAGGAGCUGCCGUCGAUCUACUGCUUCUAGAUGGGAUGUUCCCCCAACUGGAAAUCUGGAGGUAUGCGUGCCUCUGCCAACCACUUUCCUCGCCGUUGCUAUGGUGAUAACACUUGGCAUCGGGAGGUUGUAUCCAAUCCGAUGGUUGGUAGCAGUAUGCUGUGCGGAAGCAGCAGCAAAUUUGUGGCAAACUUGGAUGUCAAUCCCGCUGUUAACCAAAUCAGCCUUACUGAGGAACAACGUAGAGAGGCAGCAGCAAGCUAUGAUCCAUACCCAAUUAGGACGCCUUCCCACUCUCUCAGUGCAGAUGCAGAUAGCUCUUACAAGGGUUCUAUCUCUCCUCCUAGACAUGAUCGCUUCCAGUACAUGGGUUUGGAUGAUGGUCAUAGCCCAUACGGCACCACAGGUCAGGCCCCCGUGGAAAAUCAAGAUAACACUAGCUCCACUCGCCAAGGUGUUCCGAUGGAUCUUCUCAUUGGUCAGCAAGCAGAUAACAAUGGGGUUACCAACAUGGAAUUUGGCAAUCAAGGAGAGGAUGGCAUGGAUUUCUCUGUUUCUUGGGCAGCGGCGCAUGGCCCUAACGCGCCUCAUGAGACAUGAAGGCAAUAGCUUGGAACUGCCGAGGUAUGGACAGGGGCCUUGGCAGUGAAAGAAUGUUAUACCUUGCUAACUUGAUGCGGUCUACUCGAGCUCAGACGUACUGCAAGUGGUCUUUGGCUUAUGUGGAAUGAUGAGCUCAAAGUCACUGUUCAUGUUGCCACUUUCCACUAUAUAUUAGCUAAUGUUAUCCAUGUAGCCUCUGGGGUCAAUUUUUGUUUGAUGUGUAUAUAUGGUGACCCGUACCACAAGCAGACUUCGGUCAUCUGGGACCAAGUUGCUGCUUUUGUCUAUGAUAACCUAGGUAAACCCAUGGUUUGUAUGGGAGACUUGAACGGCAUCUUGUAUGAUAUUGAUGGGUGUAAUGGCAAUAUUAACUACUCAUGC